AUGCCACCGAAAAAUCUCCAUUCAUCACCAUUUGAGCAUCCAUUUUCUCUUGUUUCUGUAUCAUUUCAAGUCCUCCGCCUCCUCUCUGAAUCUCUUCGACGACGUCAUCAACUUCUUCCUCAACUUCUUCCAUAUGCGUAUGAUCUACAAGCUCCGCCCCUCCAUUCGACGACACAUCGAUUUCCUCUUCCAUUGGUGGCGGCGAUUGGUGGGCGAUGGCGACCACUUUUCGGAUUUCAAGGGGGGCACGUGGACGUGAUGGCAUCGGAUUAUUCGGGUGAUGGGUGUGGAGGUGUGGAGAGCGGUGUUUGCAACAGAGUCGGUGGUCUCUCUCUAGCCGACGUGGUCGAUUGUGGAGUCGAGGCGAUUUUCCUCGUACUCGUCGCCCUGUUUUCGACGCCAACAUACGCGCCGACGGUCCCCCAAAAUACAGUAACCAUGGAGUACUGUAGUACGAAACAAAUCUCGACAUUCAUUCUCGCUCUAAUCGGUUUUUCGAUUCUUGUAUUCUUCAUUGAAGAAUACACGGAAGAGAGUGAGAUGCAUGAUGAGAUGGAGAUGAAGAAAGCUUUCUAUAAUAAUGAACACAACAAAGUGACUGGAUUGACUGGAAAAGUGGCGACAGAGUAUCCAAUCGAUGAGUGUUGGAAACACGAACCAUUCGAAAUCGUCACUCAGUGUGCACCGUGUAAAGAGUUCGAAGUCAAAGCGAUCAAAGCUGCUCACUGUCAAAAAACGGGAUAUUUCGACCGUGUCAACUGUUCGAAAUCAUCGACUACCGUACUCCGUCCGUGCCCGUCACCGAAAGAAUCUCGUCGUCACGAAUUCUAUUUAUUCUAUGCAUUCAAUAUAAUCCUUUUAAUUAUCAGUUAUUCGGUCACUGUCCAGCGGAAAUCCGUUCUCGAUAGAUCUGUUUAUAUGCGAUUGCCACAACAUUUCUAA